AGGACUCAGUCGGUGGAGAGAGAUUUGAGGGGAGAGAGAGAGAGAUAAAAAUGGAGUCUCAUCCUCAUCCUUAUGCGCCAAAAGAUCUUCAUCUCCCUGGUUUUAUUCCCGUUUCUCUUUCACAGUUGACUAUCGUCGGCAUCUAUGGCGUCGUAUCUCUCCUCGUUGUCUCACUUGUCUGGCUCUUCUCAGGAAUAGUUGGCAGAAUAAGGAAAACAGAUAGGGUGCUUAUGUGCUGGUGGGCAUUUACUGGUUUGACUCACAUGAUCCUUGAGGGUUACUUUGUGUUUUCCCCCGAAUUUUACAAGGACAAGACUGGCUUCUACCUUGCUGAAGUUUGGAAAGAAUAUAGCAAAGGGGAUUCUAGAUAUGCCGCCAGGGACGCUGGGAUUGUGAGUAUCGAAGGAAUAACCGCUGUCCUGGAGGGUCCAGCCUGCCUCCUUGCAGUGUAUGCUAUUGGUGCAAACAAGUCUUACAGCAAUGUUCUUCAACUAUCCAUAUCCCUAGGGCAGCUCUAUGGAACUGCCGUCUAUUUCGUCACUUCAUUCUUGGAAGGCGAUCACUUUGCGGCUAGUCAAUCUUACUACAACGCAUAUUUCAUUGGAGCAAAUGCUUCCUGGGUCGUAAUACCUACUCUAAUUGUCGUUCGCAGCUGGAAAAACAUAUGUGCUGCUUUCAACAUCCAACACCAAAAAAACAACAAGACCAAAACUAAAUGAUCUAAUUUCCAUUAGCUUCAAGAAAUAACUAUUAUUGUGGGGGACUCAUUCAUUUUCUUAAAUGUUUCAUUCCUGAUAUUAUAUUUGAUACUCAUUUCAAUUCAUGAAUUAACAUUCAAAUAUUUGAUAUAAUAUAAGGCCUUGUUUAUUUA